GUUUCCUGCUACAGGUCUAUAUAAAAUACCCAGUGAUGCACAUCUUAAAUAGGCAGCUGCCCAGACAUUCUGCAGUCGCAAUAAAAGUGGAUUACAGCCUGAAUUACUGUUUUUAAUGGGGUGUCCACUGCUGCUGUGUUUGGCCACCCUGCUUUUUAUGAGUGGGGUGGCAACAGGACAAUCAACAUUGCUUCCAAUAACAGAGACAACAGAAGCAACAACCACAACAGUCUAUUUUACAGAUACAUCACAAGCAACAACCACAGCAGAGACAACAGAAGCAACAACCACAACAGUCUAUUUUACAGAUACAUCACAAGCAACAACCACAGCAGAGACAACAGAAGCAACAACCACAACAGUCUAUUUUACAGAUACAUCACAAGCAACAACCACAGCAGAGACAACAGAAGCAACAACCACAACAGUCUAUUUUACAGAUACAUCACAAGCAACAACCACAGCAGAUAUAAUAACUACAGCAGAACAUCCAGCUGUGUUUCUAGGAUCUGGAACUACACCACUUGUUCUCGGUGAUGGAGAAUAUCAAACCAUUCAGCUGCAGCGGCCAUUCAAGUACGCAGGGAAAACCUACACCCAAUUCUAUCUGAGUAUGGACGGCUAUGUGGCUUUCUUCGUUCCAUAUGUCGACACUGAAGUACCUGACCGAAAUCUCAGCAAAGACAUGAUCGCUCCAUUGUGGACUGAUCUGGAUGCUGACAGUGGAGGAAGAUGGACCUACGAGCAGGCCACAAGUGGGCCUCUUAUAAAUCAGGCUAACCUGGAAAUUAACAGGACGUUCCCUUAUGCGUCCUUUCCUGCUUCCUGGGUUUUUGUCGCCACUUGGGAAAACGUACCCCUUGAAAAUUCUGGGUACCAGGGCGCAGCAUCACUACAAGUCGUCUUGGCCUCGGAUGGUGAAGAUCGCUCUUUUGUCCUGAUGAACUAUGGGACCAUUCCUUACAUUUCUUCCAAUUACUGGAUGGCUGGCUAUUGCAUGGAGAACAGCGGUUUUGUCACCAUUCCGGUAUACAAUGCCUAUGAGCUGUCAUCAACUAGUAAUGUCAAUAUACCUGGACGCUGGGCUUAUGAAAUUACAGCUACAACAACAACUCCACCAACAACCACACUUGCACCCUGCCUAAACUGUGCUUGGGAUGAAGUCUGUAGACAGAUAAAUGGAGUUUAUGGCUGUGCUUGUGGCUACAAUAUAACGAGCAGCCCAAAUAUUUAUGACGCCAUUGAAACAUGCUCAGGCAGUACUGGAUCACUGUCUCUGUCACGCUGUCAACUCUUUGAAGCUGGAUAUUUUGCAGAUGCUCUCCACCUCAAUGAUCAAACAUGCAAAGGGGAGAUCCAAAAUAACAGGCUGGUCUUCAAAUUUGACAGUAAUGCUAGCAUGUGUGGCACAACUCUGAAGAAUAAUGCAACACACAUCAUCUUCAAGAACAAUGUUGUUUCAAGUAACCAGACGGGUAUAAUCAGUCGCACUGGUGGGAUCAACAUCGCCUUUUCCUGUGUGUAUCCACUCAUCCAGAGCAUCUCCAUGCCCACGGACAUUGAAGCCAUAGGAGGUGUAAUUGGCAAGCAACUGUCCACCUUGGGAACAUACCAGAUCCACAUGACCCCGUAUACCGAUGCUACAUUCUUGGUACCAUACUCUGGCAAUGUGACCCUAGAAGUGAACCAUCAGAUGUAUAUAGCAGUGGAAGUGGAUCAGUUCGACAGCACUCAGAUCGCUCUUGUGCUGGACAACUGCUGGGCCACACCAGUCAACCAGACUGACUAUUCUGUCCGCUGGGACCUGAUCAUUAACGAGUGUCCGAACCUCAAUGACAACACGGUGGCCGUGUUACAGAACGGUGACUCCACAUCCAGCCACUUCUCUUUCAGAAUGUUCACAUUCACUGGCUUCUCCUCCAAGAUCUAUCUGCACUGCCAGGUCCACCUCUGUUUGCAGACGACAGGCAACUGUGCACUGUCAUGCCCUUUAAAAAGUUCCAGAAGACGCAGAUCCGUAGAUUUCCAUGACUCAGCUGCCAUUUCCAUGGGAUUCUGAUUUUCAUCUUGAAUCUUACAAUGCUAUCAGUUUAUUAUCACAAUGAUAUUAUAUUAUUUCUCUUAACCUCUCUUCUAUGUUUAUUCAUAAAGGAAAACUAUGACAUAUUUUAGCACAUAUUGUAAGUGACUGCCUUUAUCAGUCAAAAUAAAUCUUUCAAGCAUU